UCGUCGCGCCUGGCCAUUUCCCUUCUUUUUCUUUACAUAUCUUUUCCUAUCCCUUCUUCCUCGCACUCGCCUUCGCUGCUGUUUCUGCAGCAGCAGCGCUUUUGCAGCGAUAAAAGUCAAUCAUGGCCGACUUCAUCCAUGCCGCGCCCUGGCUCCAUCAUCCAGCAAGUUCGAAUGCCGGCACUGUCACUCCAUCCCGCCUUCAGUCCCAUCUUCGAUCUCUCACCCCCACACCCGCAAACAAGCAAGUCACCAAAUCUGUCUCCACACCCCAGCUCGGCAGGCUUGUCGUCACCGACGCGGACCCCCAGACGGAUAGCGAAGGCAUGAACACCAUCCCAGAUCCCAGAGCUCCCUCAAUACCUCGACCACCGCUAUCCAGGAACGAUUCCUCCGAUUCGGCUAUGCAUCCCGAUUUCAGCCAAGAGGUCGCGACUCUCAGUACGAAGCUCAUAAACGCCAUCAAUCACUCAACCGCUCUCGACGACUCCCUUCAACAGACACGGCAGCAAUUGGAUGUAAUUAACAAGAAGCUAGCCCGUGCCGAAGCGCAAAAUAGAGAAUACGAACAGUGGAUAGCUACAGGGCAGCUGGUGGAGAAAGAGGUUUUCGCCAAGUUGGAAAAACAGAUGCUCUCCGAACUGCAAGAGGAGCGGAAGCGUCGGGCAGAGGCCGAGAAAGCCAAGAGAAGGGUAGACUCUGAGGUCGAAACACUGACGUCUGCUCUAUUCGAGGAAGCCAAUGGGAUGGUGUCUUCUGCUCGCAAGGAGACCGAGGCCUGUGAGAAACGUAACGAGCAACUCAGACAACAACUUGUCGACGCCGAGUCCUUGCAACAAUCCCUUCAAGAGCAGAUGCAGGACCUCAAGCUGGUAAUGGAGAGGAUGAGCUUGGACAGGGACGAUAAUGAAAGCAACACCCUCCCAACUACUACCGCUCCAUCUACUCCGGGCAUUACUCCAGCAGACAAGAUGAACAAGCUAUUCGAGGCCGUAAAUCUAACACCGAACACGCCUGGAGCCGAAGAAAUAACGCCAGACCAUCCAUUGCAUUUUUCCCACCUCAUUCACCCCGUCCUACGGUCCGAUCUUCCGUCCUUUUCGGAUUUCCAGGACAUGCUGAAGAUCAGUGCGCGCUCAGCACCCUCUAGUCGAGUGUCCAGCGGCAAUUAUGGCAGUCUCAAUGUCCUCGGUCUCGGUUCUUUUACCAAUAGCUCCACAAGUUCGUUGCCAAUCGCGAGGUCUCCAAACUCAGUUGGUAACAAUUCCCCGCGCGACUCAAUCGCAGGUGCGGGUCUUCCAAACCUUAAGGAUGAGAAAUACUACAAGCGCACGCAGACGGAGGAUAUUGAGCCCACUCUGCGGCUUGAUCUCGCGCCUGGCCUCUCCUGGAUGGCUCGACGCACUGCCCUUAGCAGUAUCACGACCGGUGCAUUCGUUGUGGAGCCAAACUCGCCACCUCCCAAAUUUCGAGGACCAGUGUUUCCAUGUUCUCUUUGUGGGGAAAACAGGAAAGGUGAUGAAUACGCUAGGAAAUUCCGGUUUAGGACUUCUGAUACAGAGGAGACCAAAUAUCCGCUAUGUGAUUGGUGUUUGGGCAGGGUCCGGUCCACUUGCGACUACGUUGGCUUUUUGAGAAUGGUGGCGGCAGGUCAUUGGAGAGCCGAGACUGAAGAGGAGAAAAAGGGGGCGUGGGAGGAGAGCGUACGCCUGCGCGAGCGGAUGUUUUGGAGUCGUCUAGGGGGAGGAGUGGUCCCAGCAUUCCUUCAAACGAAGGAUAGCCUCCAUAGCCCCGUGUUUGCUAAUGGCAGGAUAGAGGCAAUCAGAAAGAGCGAGGAAAGCCAGCGAUCAACCGGGAAACCGUUGGAUUCUGCAGUCGACAUGAGCGAUCCAUUCAGCGCCCAAUCUGAGGACGGACGAAAGAGGGUUUCCAUCGGCAAGACCGUCAUAUCGAUCGAUCCUACCCCUGAGACCCUUACCAAGGAGGAGGAAGAGCACAUCGAGGCACAGGCUGAAGCACAACUCCAUAAUGAAGUACGGAAAUCCUUGGAGAUACACCCGACAAAGCAGUCUCUUCACCAGCGAUCAGCCUCGACCCCAGCACCAAGGGAGCCGUCUUCGAAGAAGAAGGAAGAACGAUUGAGCCUUACUAUUCCAGGUUCUUUUGAUUAGAGUCGUCCUCAGAUUGGAUUCGGAGAUAUUGGUUACAUAUCUCCCCUUGUCAGCCCCGGUUGGCCUUGCCUCAGUCUCGUACCGUUCACCUGGAUUAACAUCAUAUCAUCAUAUACCUUUA